CAGGAGGAAGCAGCAGCUCAGAGCUUCUACCAGACAUAUUUCUGUGAUGUCCUGCAGCACAUCUUCUCUGUGGUCACCGACACCUCACACACUGCCGGUCUCACCAUGCAUGCUUCCAUCUUGGCCUACAUGUUCAACCUUGUAGAAGAAGGAAAAAUCACAGUGUCUUUAAACCCUGCCAACUCUGCCAACAACCAGGUGUUCAUUCAGGAAUACGUGGCCAACUUACUGAAGACUGCUUUCCCCCACCUUCAAGAUGCUCAGGUGAAGGUGUUUGUGACGGGGCUCUUCAGUUUGAACCAAGACAUUCCUGCCUUCAAGGAGCACCUGAGGGAUUUCCUGGUGCAGAUCAAGGAGUUUGCAGGUGAGGACACAUCAGAUCUGUUCCUGGAGGAGAGGGAGUCGGCACUCCGUCAAGCACAAGAGGAAAAGCACAAGAUCCAGAUGUCUGUGCCAGGCAUCCUGAACCCUCAUGAGAUCCCAGAAGAGAUGUGUGACUGAAAAGUCCAGUAUCUAAACAACAAACAAAAACUAAUGACAACAAACCCGAGACACAGUUGAGUUCAGUGGGAAGC